UGUCAAUUUCUUUAAAGAGUACAACAUAAAGUCUAGGAAGAGACCAACAACUCUUGUCUCUUUAUUGAUAUCUCUUUCAAGUAUCAUUUGGUCGUAUUCAAUUACGAUCUCCUUAUCAAUCCCAUCAUUUCAUACCGGUUCUAUUUCUAAAUAAGACAAAAUGGCUAUCAGUCCUCAAGUAACCAACUUGAUCAUCAUCCUUGGGAUGAUGCAAGUCUCUAAACGUGUUCCUCUUGAGGAUCCCAACGUUUUGAACAUUGUCCGCGGGAUUUACAUUCUAUCCAACAUCAUCAUCGCGGGCGUCUACGCUUAUACUCAAUUUUUGAUCAACAAGAAGAAGGACAUGACUACUCUCAAAUACGUUGAACAACCCCAAAUGGGUUCCGCCGAAGAACCUAAACUCGUUACCACUACCGUCCACAAAUAUGAUAGCGAUCAAAUGAAGGCUCUCUACAAGGCACAAUUGAUGGGUGUUGGAAUGAUGGCUGUUAUGCACUUGUAUUUCAAAUACACCAACCCUCUCAUGAUUCAAUCUAUUAUCCCACUCAAGGGCGCAUUCGAGGGUAACAUGGUUAAGAUUCAUCUUUUCGGACAGCCAGCCACUGGGGACAUGAAGAGACCAUUCAAGGCACCAGCUGGUUUGAUGAGCAGUCUUCAAGGAGGAGCUGCCGCAACACAAGAUAAGAAGUCUAUUGAGGCUGCUGAGAAGGCAGGCCGUGGAGGUGUCAAGGACGAAUAG